CUUUCCUUUGUUUCUUUUUUCAACUUUCACAAACUCCCAAAAUCUCAAGUCCUAGAGCAUGGAAGAUCAGUUUCCCAAGAUGGAAACUUUCAUGGCAAAAGGAUUGUUGCCAUCUUAUUUUCAAGGGUCAAAUUUUUUUGACGAUCCAAAUAUAUUGAGUGCUUUGACUCAAACAUCUUAUUGCCAUGAAAAUGGCAAUGGAAAUUCACCAAGAUCACUCUCAUCUUCACCAGACAGAAUUCUUUCAUCUUCAGAGUCUAGUUCUUCCAACAACAUCCCUGAAUUCAAUUCAAACCAUGAUUUUUCUCCUCCUUUUGUUCCUCUAGAUUUAUUGAAAAUUCUUGAUCCAAAGAUGACUAGGGCCCAAGUUUCUGAACCAGAUUCUCCUCCGAAGUCCCCAAAUUUAACAUUGUUUUUGCAGGAUUCAGGUUCAAGGAAUCAAGACCCUUCAUUUCCAAUGCCUCAACAAGGUCAACUACUUGGUUACCAGCAAGGAAUUGAGUGGUUGAAAAUGGAUCAACACUUGUCAAACUACCAAUCCAAAGGCUUCUUCAACGAUUACUGGCUAAGCGCCACAAAGACUCAGCCAAUGAAGAACACAGGAUCAAGAAGAGUCAUUCGCAUCAACCAUCAACAAAAUCCGAGCCUUUCGUCAUCGGUUUCAUCACCGGGAAAGCUGUUUAGAGGCGUCAGGCAAAGGCAUUGGGGAAAGUGGGUUGCGGAGAUAAGGCUGCCAAGAAACAGGACGAGGGUUUGGCUCGGGACUUUCGACACGGCAGAGGACGCUGCAAUGGCUUAUGACACGGCGGCUUACAUGCUGCGCGGGGAAUACGCGCAUUUGAACUUCCCGGAUAUGAAGCACCAACUCAAGGCCAAUUCUCUCAAUGGAAACACGGCUGCCCUUCUUGAAGCAAAGUUACAAGCUUUAUCAAAGGGUGCUUCGGGUCCAAAUCAAAAGAACAAGCCUGCGGUUGAUCAUCAUCAGUCCUCGCCAAAGAAGCUGUUAUCCGGGGACUCAAAAGUUAAUGGUUUGGAACAAAACCACAACCCCACAAGAAAAGAGUGGCAGUUUAUUGGAUUGGAGGGAAAAAUGGGAUGUCAAGCAGUGAAUAUUGAGAACAAGAAAACUCAGGAUUUAGUUUCUGAUGUGGAAGCUGUUCAGCUGAGUAGAAUGCCAUCUUUGGAUAUGGACACUAUUUGGGAUGCUCUUCUGGUCUCUGAUACAUCAUGAUCAUCAUCACCAUGUCAUUUUUCACUUUAAUUCAUUCCAUGUGGAACAAGUGUUUGGUACGAAGAUUCGUGUUAUGGUUCGAAUCAUAGUUCGUGACUCACUACAGUAUUUUUUCUCACAAAAAUACACGUAAACUGAGAAUGGUUAUGAAUCAUGAUUCUGAAUCUGUGAAUCAAACGUAAUUGAUCCGUGUGGUACAGUUUUAAUGUUUUUCUUUUCUUUUUGGUCUUUGUUUUCUUUGGACAACACAUACUUAUUCCUCUUUUGGUAAAAAGGCUAUAUAGAUUUGUCUUCUUUA